AAAUCUGUUAGAGCCAUGGAAACCGAAGGAAAGGUCCAGGAAAAAAUAUAUAAGGCAGAUGUUGUACGUUUUACCUUUGGCUGUAUGCAUACACAGGACACGAACAUUUUCCACGUGGUAAGAAGCGGGUUACAAGAAAAUCGUAAAGCUGCGCAGCUUCACUUCCCACCUCCCGCAACCAGACUACAUUUCCCAGAAUGCCGCGCGAAGUGCGCGAGACCCGAAAUGGCUCACAGCCACUUCCGGCGCAGAUGGCCCCGGAUAAUCAUGGCGACCCUCAGAGUGUCUGUGUCGCUGUGGGGCCUCCUGACAGGUAUUCGGAACACCGAGCGGGUCUCUUUCCCGGCCCGAACUCGGCUCCAUCUCGGCACCCUGCUCCAGCCGCUGCCCAGGCCCUGCGGGGCGGGGUUGCCAUGCCGUCGGCUUGCCUCUGAGGCGGAAUCUGGUAGCUCAGAGAUCAAGAAACCUACAUUUAUGGAUGAGGAAGUCCAAAACAUACUCAUCAAGAUGACAGGCUUGAAUCUGCAGAAGAUUUUUAAACCAGCUGUACAAGAACUGAAGCCACCAACCUAUAAGCUGAUGACCCAGGCACAGUUGGAAGAAGCUACAAGAAAGGCAGUUGAGGCAGCUAAAGUACAAUUAAAAAUGCCACCGGUUCUGGAAGAACGAGCGCCAAUAAAUGACGUGUUAGCUGAAGAUAAAAUUUUGGAAGGAACGGAAACAGCCAAAUAUGUGUUUACUGAUAUAUCGUAUAGCAUACCACACCGGGAGCGUUUUAUUGUCGUCAGAGAACCAAGUGGCACGCUACGGAAAGCCUCUUGGGAAGAACGGGACAGGAUGAUACAAGUUUAUUUCCCAAAAGAAGGUCGUAGGGUUUUGACACCAGUAAUUUUCAAGGAAGAAAAUCUUAAGACCAUGUACAGCCAGGACCGGCAUGUUGAUGUCCUCAAUCUCUGUGUUGCCCAGUUUGAGCCAGAUUCUGCUGAAUAUAUCAAAAUUCAUCAUCAGACUUAUGAAGAUAUAGAUAAACAUGGAAAGUAUGACCUUUUACGCUCAACAAGACACUUUGGUGGAAUGGCUUGGUAUUUCGUAAAUAAGAAAAAGAUUGAUGGUUUACUGAUUGACCAGAUUCAGAGAGAUUUACUGGAUGAUGCCACCAGCUUGGUCCAGCUGUAUCACAUGCUCCAUCCAGAUGGCCCGUCGGCUCAGGAGGCCAAGGAGCAGGCUGCUGAGGGAGUUCAUUUAAUUAAGGUCUUUGCAAAAACAGAAGCACAGAAGGGAGCAUAUAUAGAAUUAACACUACAAGCUUAUCAAGAAGCAUUCAUUAGCCAUUCUGCAGCUUCCUGAAAAUAUUUUUUUAAAUAAAUUUCUUUUUACUUAAAUUAUAA